AUUCAAAAGCUCCAACGUCUGAGUUUUCGCGAAGGCAGCGUUCAGGCCGACAUGCACCGUGUACGCGCACGCGCGCUCUCUCCUCACACAAACCCGGGAGGCAAAGAUGGUGGCCAGCAGGAGGGUACAGAGGCUCCUCCGACGGUACAAACUCGCAAUUGCCGCCACCUUGACCAUCCUCCUGAUCCAGGGGCUGGUCGUGUGGAGCCUGAGGAGUCUGGAGGAGCGCGACGAGGAGAAAAAAACCAGGCGGUCUAAACUGCCUGACCAGAGCAGCCAGGACCAGAAGAGGGACCCGGCACUUGUGGAGAGACAAAACUCUCUGUCCGGGAGGGACGGGGGCAGAUGGAGCGGCAGGCUGGAGAGGAUCGGGGGCACGGCGGCCAGCGCCCUCAGACGGGGGACCAGUCGGCGGGCGGGCAAGCCCGGCGCCAGGAUGAAGACGGACGCAGGAGUGGAUGGGGCAGCACCCAAUGACACAUCCAGCAGGAACUUGAGCGACGGCGCCGCGCUCAGGUUGUCCGCCGCCGUCUUAGCGGGGGAGCCGGGCAGCGUGGACGGCGCCCACCAAGCCCCCGGCAGUGACUUUGAGCCCAAAUGUGACAUCAGCGGCAAGGACGCCUUGUCAGCCCUGCACCGCGCCAGCACGCAGGAGUGUCGCCAGGAGAUCGCAAACGUCGUGUGUCUCCAUCAGGCGGGGCAGCUCAUGCCCAACGCCCUCCCACAGUUCUGCCCCCAAGUCGGUGUCACAAAUCCUGUUCAGGUCGAGCUGGACAACAACCUGCUUAAAGUGGAGAACCCUGUCAGGGUGGUUUUUGUCCUGAUGGUCCACGGCCGCGCCGUACGGCAGCUCAAGCGCCUCAUCAAAGCAAUCUACCACCGCGAUCACUACUACUACAUCCAUGUUGACAAGCGGUCGGCCUACAUGCACCGGGAAGUGGUGCAGAUGGCCCAGCAGUACCCAAAUACUCGUGUCACCCCCUGGCGGAUGGUGACCAUCUGGGGCGGGGCCAGCCUGCUGAAAGCCUAUCUCCGCAGCAUGCAGGAUCUGCUCUCCAUGCCGGACUGGAAGUGGGAUUACUUCAUCAACCUCAGCGGCACAGACUUCCCUACCAGGACCAACGACGAGCUGGUGGCCUUCCUAUCACAGCACAGGGACAAGAACUUUCUCAAAUCCCACGGCAGAGAGAACGCCCGGUUUAUCAAGAAGCAGGGCCUGGAUCGACUCUUCCAUGAGUGUGACAACCACAUGUGGCGCCUGGGAGUCCGGACCAUCCCAGACGGCCUGGAAGUCUCCGGUGGCUCGGAUUGGUUUGCACUCACCCGCCGCUUCGUGGACUAUGUCAUCAACUCCCAGGAUGACUUGGUUUCGGGGCUGAAGCUGUUCUAUUCUUACGCUCUGCUCCCUGCUGAGUCCUUCUUCCACACGGUGCUCGGCAACAGUCACAUGUGCGACAGCCUGGUGGACAAUAACCUCCGUGUGACCAACUGGAACCGUAAGCUGGGCUGUAAAUGCCAGUACAAGCACAUUGUGGAUUGGUGCGGCUGCUCCCCCAACGACUUCAAACCCCAGGACCUCAUUCGCAUUCAGCAAUUGUCCCGGCCGACUUUCUUUGCACGCAAAUUCGAGUCAGCGGUGAACCAGGAAGCCAUAGAUAUCCUGGACACGCACCUGUACGGCCAGUACGCCCCAGGAAGCGCGGCCAUUAAGGCGUACUGGGAGAACCUGUUCGAGCAGACGGACGGCAUCGGCUCCCUCAGCGAUGUGGCGCUCACCGCCUUCUCCUCGCUGCUUCGCCUGGGCCUGAAAAGUCUCGCCACGUCUCACGGCAGCAACGAGUCCUGCAGGUUGGAACCCAUUGGCCAUCCUUUGUCGGUGCACUUGUACUUCUAUGAUGACCGCUUCCAAGGCUACUUGGUCAGGCAGGAAGUCCAGGCUGUGGGCUCCAAGGUCAAGGAGACCAUCGAGACUUGGGCUGUGCCCCAGGCCACACUGGUGCUGGAGAACAAUCUUCAAAAGUUUGAAAGGCUCAAAAACAUGGAGGUGGGCACAGAAUGGGACCCCAAAGAAAGAAUCUUCCGGAACUUUGGCGGGAUCAUGGGCCCUAUGGAUGAACCCAUGGCGGUGCAGAAAUGGGCUCGCACCGGCGCCAACCUCACGGCCACCAUCGUGUGGAUCGACCCCGCCCUGGUGGUGGCAGCCUCCUACGACAUCACCGUGGACUCAGACGAAGAGUACACCCACUACCGGCCGCUUCUGCAGCGCCCCCUGCGGCCUGGCGUCUGGUCGGUACGCAUUUUAAGGCGGUGGAGGCGCGUGGCGGAGGUUCGAUUCCUCGUAAUGCCUCUGACUUUUAUCGACAAGAGGCCGCUGCAUAAAGAGGACAGUUGGAUCCAUGCAGGUCCAGCAGACAACUCCUACCUGGAGCACAGCUUCCAGCAGCUCAGCUCCAUCCUCCAGCUGCCCCCCCAGGGACCCGCCAUGCUGCAGGCCCAGCACCACGCUCAGCUGCUGGGCCCGCCCCUCCACGCCUGGCUGGACGCCAGCGUGGCCACCUUCUGGGCGCCGGGAGACGCCUGCGCCUCCGACGCUUCCUCCUGUCCGGCCUUGGCGCCCUGCUCCUCAACCAGCUGGAGCUCCGAGUCCCCGGACCCCAAGUCUGACCUGGGAGCGGUGAAGGCCGACGGCAGGAUCAGGUAGCCCCUCCUCACCUGGCUGGAAUGUGCACUUUACAAGACCACAACAUGGUGAUCUCCUUGACUCCUUCUCAAGACCCAAGGUAAGAUCCUCACCUGUGAUGCUUCUUUGAGAGCACGCUACUGGCAGACCUUGGACACCCAGAGUUGGAAGGUCACCCCAAGGUGGUCCUACCGGGGUCACAUAGAUGAAUUAUUUCCUUGAGUGGUCCACAUGGUUGUUGCUGAAGCACACGUGUGUUGUGGCCAGCAGCUCACAACAACAACUUCUUUCUUGAUAGCUGACUGGAAUGUUAACUACUCUGCGCACACGCCACAUCCUCCAAGCAGAGAUGCUCAACACGGAUUCUUUGGAUCCAUGCUGCCUUUUUAUUGGCUUCCCAACAUGCAUCUUGUCUUAUUGUUGUCAAGUGCCCUUGUUGAUCUUGCACAGGAAGUGGCUUCUUGCACAGGAAGUGGCUUCAGUGAAGCCUCACGUCGGUCGGAGGGACACAGAUGUUAUUUUUAUACUCCCUAAAACACUUCCAACUACAAUUUUAGUCAGGUCAAAUGCUUUUAUUUGGAAAAGUGGCAACACAGAACCUUUAUUUUAGAGUAAAAUCCUGCUCAUUUUUUACUGUAAAAUGUCAUUUUUGUUUAUGUCCAUGGUCAUAUUGUGCAAAUCCAAAAGUGAUACCAUUUGUCAUAAAAUGGUGUUUUUUACAGUGCAUUACUGUGAAUUUAAAUAUAGACCAUUAAAUCUACAGUUUUUUACAGUGCAUUGCUGGAAAAUAAGUCAUGUUUUUACAGUACAAUUCUAGCCACUUUAGUAAUCUUUUUACAGUGCAUUACUGUAAAAUAACAAACAUUGCCACUGUUAUUUUUAUAGUAAAAUACUGGCCACUUUAAUUAGUCUUGUCCUUAAUUACAGUGCAUUACUGUAAAAUAACAAAUGUUGUUUUUACAGUACAAUUCUAGCCACUUCAAUCUGUCUUGUCCUUUUUACAGUGCAUUACUGUAAAAUAACAAAUGCUGUCUUUACAGUACAAUUCUAGCCACUUUAAUCCGUAUUGUCCUUUUUACAGUGCAUUACUGUAAAAUAACAAAUCUUUUUUCAGUAAAAUUAUGGGGACUUUCAUUUGUCUUGUUCUUUUUACAGUGCAUUACUGUAAAAUAACAGAUGGUACCAUUGUUAUUUUUACAUUAAAAUAUGGCCACUUUAAUUAGUCUUGUCCUUUUUACAGUACAUUAUUGUAAAAUAACAAACAGUGCCACUGUUAUUUUUACAGUAAAAUUACGGCCACUUUACUUAGUAUUGUCCUUUUUACUGUGCAUUACUGUAAAAUAACAAAUGGUGCCACUGUUAUUUUUACAGUAAAUUAUGGCCACUUUAAUUAGUCUUGUCCUUUUUACUGUGCAUUACUGUAAAAUAACAAACGUUGUUUUUACAGUAAAAUUUUGGGGACUUUAAAUUGUCUUGUUCUUUUUAAGGCGCAUUUCUGUAAAAUAACAAAUGGUGCCACUGUUAUUUGUACAGUAAAAUUAUGGCCACUAAGAUUAGUGUGUCCUUUUUACAGUGCAUUACUGUAAAAUAACAAAUGUUUUUUCAGUAAAAUUCUGGGGAAUUUAAAUUGUCUUGUUCUUUUUAAUGUGCAUUACUGUAAAAUAACAAAUGUUUUUACAGUAAAAUUAUGGGGACUUUAAUUUGUCUUGUUCUUUUUACAGUGAAUUACUGUAAAAUAACAGAUGGUACCAUUGUUAUUUAUGCAUUACAAUAUGCCCGCUUUAAUUAGUCUUGUCCUUUUAACACUGCAUUACUGUAAAAUAACAAACUGUUAUUUUUACAGUAAAAUUAUGGCCAAUUUAAUUAGUCUUGUCCUUUUUACGGUGCAUUACUGUAAAAUAACAAAUGGUGCCACUGUUAUUUGUACAGUAAAAUUAUGGCCACUAAAAUUAGUGUGUCCUUUUUACAGUGCAUUACUGUAAAGUAACAAAUAUUUUUUCAGUAAAAUUCUGGGGACUUUAAUUUGUCUAGUUAUUUUUACAGUGCAUUACUGUAAAAUAACAUAUGGUGCCACGGUUAUUUUUACAGUAAAAUUAUGGCCACUUUAAUUAGUCUUUUUCUUUUUACAGUGCAUUACUGUAAAAUAACAAAUGGUGCCACGGUUAUUUUUACAGUAAAAUUAUGGCCACUUUAGUCUUGUCCUUUUUACAGUGCAUUACUGUAAAAUAACAAAUGUUGUUUUUACAGUAAAAUUAUGGCCACUUUAGUCUUGUCCUUUUUACAGUGCAUUACUGUAAUAUAACAAAUGUUGUUUUCACAGUAAAAUUCCAGCCACUUUAAUUGUUCUUGUCCUUUUUACAGUGCGUUACUGUAAAAUAACAAAUGCUGUUUUUACAGUCAAAUUCUGGGGACUUUAGUUUGUGUUAUCCUUUUUACAGUGCAUUACUGUAAAAUUAACAAUUUAAUUUUAUAGUCAAAUUCUGGCCACUUGAAUUUGUCUUGUCCUUUUUACAGUGCAUUACUGUAAAUUGGAAACGACACUGUUAUUUUUGCAGUCAAAUUCUGAGGACUUUAAUUUGUCUUGGUCCUUUUUACAGUGCAAUACCGUAAAAUAACAAAUGUUAUUUUUACAGUCAAAUUCUGGCCACUUUAACGUGUCUUGUCCUUUUUACAGUGCAUUACUGUAAAAUAUCAACUGGUACCACUGUUGUUUUUACCGUGGAAUUCUGGCAACUGAGCUGCAGUUUUAUAUCAUAGAUUUUACAGUGAAAUACUGUAAAUGGAAAAACAAAACUAUUGUUUGUUUACAGUAAAAUUCUAGCAGCUAAGCUGCCAGGUUUUUUUGUUGUUUUAACGUAAAAUAUACUUGUUUUAUAAUGUGUUACUGUAAAGUGGAAAAACAGAUAUCAAUGUUCAUUUUACAGUAACAUUCUGGGGACUAAGCUGCUAGUUUUGAACCAUAAAAUCUACGGUUGUUGUUACAGUGCAUUACUGUAAAUUGAUAAAACAGAUACUACUUUCACAGUAAAAAUCUGUCAGUUUUUUAUCUUCAAAUCUACAGUUUUGUUGUUGUUUUUUAUAUGGAUGUUAAUUUAUCUCAUUGGAACAGGGAGCUGUAAUAGCUGGGGGGAGGGGCUUAUAGGUAUCAAUAAAUACAUACAAAAAUGA